AUGCGCCAUGGUUGGAAACGAGCAUGGCCAGGCCUUGCCGUUGCCCCGUGGAUGCUGAUUCCGGCGUACGGCAACCCGGCCUGCUCGGUCACUGGCCAAGCGUACAGGGACGCUGCGCCGCCAGUACAGGGGCUGCCAAACGGCGCCUUUAUGAUCGACGCAUCUGCGUGCCAGGCACUCUGUGCCAGCAAUCCGACCUGCCAGCAUUUCACGUGGUACACGAACAACCAUGGCUGCUGGUUGGGGCAGGGUUUUCCUGGCCUCGUGGGCGCUCCGCAGGCAGUGUCCGGCCCCAAGCAGUGCGCCCCGCCGACCACAGCGCAAGCUGUUGAAGGCCCUCCGGCUACGAGCCUCGGGCCAUUGGUGGUAAAGGUGCCAACCACGACGUUGGCACCACUUCCCACUGAUCCUGCCCAAGGCGCAGGCGAGCCGGCCGACGGCUCGCAAAGCAGCGCCUUGGGAUGGCUCGUAGCCGCCUGUCUCGUAGGUCUCCUCCUUGUGGUGGGGUUCCUGGGGCAGCGAUACUUUUGCCGGCCGUCCAAGCCGAAGGAGAGCGCUCGAAAGCGCCACAUGAGGCGCACUCAGGGCAUGGCUCCUGCCGAGCCUGACGAUGAAGAUGAGGAGGCGGAUGUAGAGAAGCCGAUGAUGCCUUGGGAGCAGCGUGCCCAGGCUAGUCGUCCGAUCUCCUCCUCUGGCUUCCAGGCCUCCGCUGCGGACGGCUUUGUGCGCCUCCCUCUCGAGGACGCAACCAUGCAAGUGCCGACACAAGACUCUGGACUUCGAGCCCCCGGCCAUCCGCCGGCCCCUGGCGGACGACUCGGCCCCACGCCGACCUGGGUGAGCUCUCUGCCAGCAACAAACCGGUUCGUGCCAGCGACGCGCUGA